CCCGCUGCCUGGUGCCUCCCCGCUCCCCACGCGGAGAUGUCGCCUCGGGUACCCUCUAAUGCCCCUUUCUGAGGGGCUGCUGCACCAGCCAAUCGGGAACCCCGAUGCGCGUCUGUUGGCUGCCACUCAGCUGUCAACCGUCAGUCAACAGUCUGCUGGCCACGGGCGCCCCAACUGUCAGUCAACCUGUCAGUCAACGGGCAGAGGGCUGCAUUCCUUCGUUCGUAUGUUCCUUGGUUCGUUCAUUCAGAGACACCCAAAGUGUUUCUUGAGGAAAUGUGGCUGCAGACCCUAUAAGAAGCUACACAGCACUUGCCAGGGCCAGGAUGAUGUCCAGCCCAUGGAAACACUGUGUACCUGGUCCCAGGAAGAUGAAGUGUGGGCCCAGAGACUAAUGGCUUGAGUAUCUCAGGCUAAGGUUGCCAAGAAGUAGACGGCACCUCUAGAUCCUAGUCAACAUCUCUACAGGCUUGAAGUACCCCCAGAGGGCAAGGUUGGAAUAAAUCUGAAGCCUGUGGCUUGGGUGGGAGCUGCCUAGACUGUGGCAUCGGGGGAAUGACUUUUUAAUUUUUAUUUUAUUUUGAGACAGAGUCUUGCUCUGUCACAUGGGCUGGAGUGCAGUGGCGCAAUCUCAGCUCACUGAAACCUCCUCCUCCCGGGUUCAAGCCAUU